AUGGGAGACAAUAUGACCUCUGUCACUGAGUUCAUCCUCCUGGGAUUUCCUCUUGAUACAAGGAUUCAGAUGCUCCUCUUUGGGCUCUUCUCCCUGUUCUAUGUCCUCACCCUGAUGGGGAACGGGGUCAUCCUGGGGCUCAUCUCACUGGACUCCAGACUGCACACCCCCAUGUACUUCUUCCUCUCACACCUGGCCAUCGUUGACAUGGCCUAUGCCUGCAACACGGUGCCCCAGAUGCUGGUCAACCUCCUGAGUCGAGCCAAGACCAUCUCCUUUGCUGGCUGCAUCACACAGACCUUUCUCUUCCUGACAUUUGCUGUCACAGAAUGUCUGCUCCUGGUGGUGAUGUCCUAUGAUCGGUAUGUGGCCAUCUGCCACCCCCUCCGGUAUUCAGUCAUCAUGAACUGGAGAGUCUGCAUCAUGCUGGUGGUGACUUCCUGGACCAUUGGAGUCCUUCUGUCUUUGGUUCAUCUAGUGUUACUUUUACCCUUACCCUUCUGCAUCACCCAGAAAAUCGAUCAUUUCUUCUGUGAAAUCAUGGCUGUUCUCAAACUUGCUUGUGCAGAUACACACAUCAAUGAGAUAAUGGUAUUGGCUGGAGCAAUUUCUGUGCUAGUGGGACCCUUCUCCUCAAUUAUAAUCUCAUAUAUGUGCAUCCUCUGUGCCAUCCUUAGGCUCCAGUCUGGGGAAGGGCAAAGAAAAGCCUUCUCCACCUGCUCAUCUCACCUCUGUGUGGUUGGACUCUUUUAUGGCACAGCCAUUAUCAUGUAUGUUGGACCCAGAUAUGGGAACCCCAAAGAACAGAAGAAAUAUCUUCUCCUGUUUCACAGCCUUUUCAAUCCCAUGCUCAAUCCCCUUAUCUAUACGCUUAAGAAUUCAGAAGUAAAGAAUGCCAUGAAGAAAGUGCUGGGAAUAAAGAGAGUUUUAUGAAG